AUGAAUUACAGUGUAAAUAGUUUAGCCAAUACACAGCCUAGAGAUUCUGAAAAUUAUUUCUAUGAAAAUAUCAAUCUUCAUAAUAUGAGCAGUGACUCGUUAACAUCAAAUGAUUCAAUUUCCAAAGGAACUACAUCACUCCAACCCAAAGCUCGUUUAUUGACAAAGCUAAUCAAUAAAAGGAAACGUGAAAUCACACGAUUACGUAAUGGUACUGGGAAAACUAGAACAAAGCCGCAUCAUUCAAAUUUAUUGGAUGACAAUAUAAAUCAGAAAGAGAAGCAUGUCAUUACAACGGAUAUAUUAUCUUCAGUUACAGAUGAAGAAUUACAAGAGUUACGUUUAAAUAUUAAUCAACGUGAAAGACAAAGAAUGCAUGAUUUGAAUUUAGCCAUGGAUGGAUUAAGAUCUGUACUACCAUACACUCAAAAUUCACCAAUUAAAAAAUUGUCUAAAAUUGCCACAUUAUUAUUGGCUAGAAAUUAUAUUCUUCUUUUGACAAAAAAUUUAACUGAAUUACAAGAAAAGUUCGAUAGUAUUCUAUCACAAAAUCAAUCACUAUGUCAGUAUGAAACAACCAUGUCAAAUAAUGACUCAAUGAAACAUUUAUCAGUAGUAUGUUCGAUGGAUACAUCAGUGUUAUCAUCAACAUCAACCUCGUCAUCGUCAACAGUUCAUUCAUCGUUGAAAGCAAUGAAACCAACGGUUUCGCCUGCUUUUUCUCCAACGCCAUUCAAUUAUCCAAUGUCAGUGCUCUCAAUGUUACAAUCAGUCCAAACAUCUGAGAAUGAAUACAAAGAGAAUAAUCGGCCAGUUGGUGUAAAUUCUACAUUUCAGGAAAAAAUCAAUAAUGGGACCAUGAAUACUGUAUCAACAUUCAAGUCGCCGUUAUUUUCAUUUAAUCAGCCGAAUUCGCUGACAAAUUUAUUCAAUGACCAUCAUCCUUAUAAUCUAACCAAUCACAGUGUUCAUCAUAACAAUACACAUGACCAUUCACUUUUAUUAACUAAUUUCAGUAAUUAUUCAAAUCAUCAGAUAAAUUCAUUAUUAAAACUGAAUAUUAAACCGCCGACAUCAUGUAUUUUGUCAACAUGUCAGUAUACUAAAUAA